CGGGAGUAAAAUAGCCACAGCGUGUAACUGAUCCUGUUCAUGGUCGCGGAAGCAUGAAGACCGAAGACGGGAUCUGGGGCAUGGAGUCGCUCUGGCGGCAGCGCGGUCCCAAGGCGGUCGUGGGGAUCAUCGACACGGUGUUUCUGCACGACCGAAAGCCAGGUUACUGGUUCUUUACGUGCAAAACCGGCGAAGUGCUGCGCAAGAAGAAGCUCUCGGAGCUCGUUGAGCGCUUCGUGCGCAUCGCACGCGCCAACGACCGCAACGUCCACGGCCACAUUUGCGUCGCACGCCGCGCCGACGGCUCGGGCGUCGUCUGGGACCACGCGUCGUUCCUUCGAGCGCUCGAUGCGCCACUCGAUCCCGACAUCAUUGCGCUUCAACCAUUUGUGUGCAGUCGCGGCAGCCUCGGCGCAUUGUAUCGUGUCGACAUGCGCGCGUCUUCGGACCGGGCGCGCCCGACCUUUGCAACGAACAAGAUCGCGCAGCACCAAAUGCAAUCGGAAGAGCCAGUGAUUGCACUGGACGUGCCGUCCCCGGGCGUCAAGUGCCACGCCAAGCCCAUCAAUGCCCGCUUGCAUCAGAUCACCAUGAUGCUCAGUCGUCACAUCGAGGAGGUUCACGGCUGCGCCGUCAAGGAGCUCACUGCCGACUACCUCUUGGACGACGACGACCAGAUCUGGCUGGCGUGGAUCCCGUCCGUGAGCUACGUCCGGACGAAUCGACGAGUUGGCAGCGACCAUUCCAUCGACGUCGAUGAGCCCCAUGACGCGCUCGGUCGCACGGGCCAAGAAGCUGUGUUUGACCAAGCCGAGGAUGCCAUCGACCGCGCGCUGACACCGGCGACACACUUUAGUCUCAAACUCUCGACGCCGAGCGAGCCACCCCGGGUGUUUCCGACGCCGUUCAAGUGCAGCGGGGACUUUUGCGCCUACGACCUCGCGUCGCCUGCGCCUCUCAUCGCGGACGUCGAGGUCAACGGUCUCCCGACCUCUCGCCGGAACGCGCACGCGCUCUUUGCGCCCGAGGCCGUCGCCGCGCUCGGGUACGCAAAGCUCCACGAGCUCCACGGCAACUCGGUGCGGCAGCUCGCCAACGCAGCGCCCGACCGCUUGGAGUUUACGCUCACAUACAAGUCGAUCGCGCUGGCCAAGACCAACAAGCAGCGCCUUUUGGCGGCAACGACGGUGCCGGCGCCGAGCGGGCGCUCAAAAGCCUACUUGGCACCGACGGCCGCGACAUCGAUGCGAGCGAACCUGAGCAAACUCUACGGCGAGCUCGACGGCGGCACGGCGAAUUACUACCGCCAAGUCAAAGUCUGCCGCCACUGCUUUGCCGUCUACUCCCUCCUCGACGCUGCACGACCGCUCUUGGACGCUCUUGCGUCCACCAACAACAACCACAACGAGGUAUCUCCAAGCCAUGACGACGUUGAGAAACGCGGGCGCGUCACCGGCCACGACAACAACCCCAAGCUCCCUCGACUACCGUCCUCGAGUCCCCGGACAGUCGACUCUGCGCUUCGAACGAGUGCAAGCAUGCCGCAGCUGGGAAAAGCGCUGCCGAAAUUAUCGCCCACAAAGCCCAAGCCGUGGCACCCAUCCAAAGAUCAAGCCGACGUCACCAAGUCGUUCGAGGACUUUGUCGGUCUCGAUGGCUACUUGCGCGGGAAGGACCGGCGGCGCAAGCACAAACCGCUCCGUGAAAACACCUUGUUUCCUGGUGGUCUUCCCCUGAAGUCGGCGCCCGUCGCCGUCACCGCCAAUACUGGUCCCUCUAUCUUGCUCAUCGACGCGGACCAAGAUCGCAUUCAGUGCAUUUUGGACGCGCUCGACGCGUACGACGUGCAAGCGCUGUGCGACGGCGCGCUCGGCCUCAAGGAAGCCCAAGUCCGCCAUUUCGACGUCAUUCUCUGCCACCGCGACGCUCCGAGUAUGCACGCACUCGAGUUUACGAAGCUCCUUCGGCAGCAUGAGAUCCAGCACAGCAUUGCACUACAUGCGCCCGUGCGGCGGUCGCCGGUCGUAUGCGUCACCGAGCACACGUCACCAGAAGACCUCCGCGCCUACAUGGACGUGGGCAUGGACGGGUGCCUCAGUUUGCCGCUCGAUCUCUCGGCGCUGCGCCAAACGGUUGACGCAGCGAUUGCGUCGAUACCAAAGCCACCGGCGCCGGCCCCCACACUGCACGCGCUCGUGGCCGGUGCGAAGACGAGCAUCGUUGCCGAGUCCAAGCGCCGACGCCCAACCAAACGAAGCUCGACAGUCGCGUCGGUGCAUCCGUUCCCGGUGCCGUCGGCCACCGACGCUCGGACGUUUGCCGGUAUCUUCCAAAUGGACGUCGACACGGCCAUGCCAUUUCUGAUUUUGAAUCGGCCGAGCGCUGCGCUCUCAACGCUCUUCAACCUCGUGGUCGUCCACGACGUCUUUGAUACGCUGGAGCGUCUGCAGAUCUUUCUGGCGCCAAUUUUGCGCCGGUACGAAGCCGCACAGGUCCUCUUGUGGAACUACCCCGGCCAAGCAAGUACAACGUGGCGCCCCGGCGUCGUGCUCAACAACGUCUACUUGGCGACAUGCCUCCAAGCGCUGCUUCGCCACGUGGGACCCGAGAUUCUCGGCGAGUUCAAAGCCGCGCCUUUCCUGCUGCUCGGGUACGGCAACGGCGUUCCGAUUGCGAUCCAGUACUGCGCACUCUCGCCGUCGCCGCAGCUUCGCGCCCUCGUCAGUGUCAACGGCUUUGCCCACGUCGACCCGACGCUCGCUGCCUUCUUCCACGACGCCCUCAAGGUGUUUGCUUGCUCGCCGGCGACGCGGCCGGACCUACCGGUGUACUUUCACGCCCGGUUUCUCUUCUCUGGUGCGUACUUGGCGACCGUCUCGACACCGCUCGCUCUCAACUUGUACACGGCUGUGAGCAACUCGAUCUCGCUCGAAGGUCGUGUUGCGCUCUGCUUGGGCGCGCUGAGCCACACUGACAUGCGCGACGCCCUCAAGAAGAUCAAUGUGCCCACGAUCUUUGUCGCGGGCGCCCAUGACGGCCUCGUGCAGCCCAAGCACGUCGAGACGUGCGUGGCCGCGCGCGGUGGGCUCGUCGACUCGAUUCACAAGGCGCUCGUCCACCGGCGCUCCAAGGCGUGUGUCGUCUGGCUCGACGCCGGGCACGAAGUGUGGCAAGAGUGCAAGCCAGCGAUGGCCACGUUCAUCGAGCAGCUCAUCACGGGCUUUCACGAGACGCACGACACGAUCUUGCCGGCCACAUCCACCUCAACGUCAACGUCAAGUGCAAUCUCAAGUGCAACCUCAAGUGCAAUGUCGAAAUCCGCGCAUGUGCCGCAGAGCUACGAAGACCAUUUUAUCAACAAGAUCAUGGGCACCAUGAGCGACGUCAAGGCCGCGCACCACGUUGGCGAUGCGUCGUGGACGGCGUACCAAGAGGCCCACGCAAAGUCGAUGCAAUCAAAACUCAGUGCCAAGGCGGGUUCGAAGCUCGCACCAAGUGCGCUUCUCGACCUGACGUUCGAUCCGACGGCCCCUGCGUUUGAGCGCGAGACCAACCGCAUUUACAAGGCUGGCGACGGUAGCCGCAUCUACCCAAGCAACCGCAAGGACGUCAAAGAGUACAUGAACUGGCGCGUCCAGCGCAAUGCGACACGGCUCACGCGGAUGGACCGCGCCGCGCGGUCGAUCCAAAGAGCGUACCAUGCGUACCGGGCGCGGACCCUCGCGCGCCGCGUCGCCCAGCACAAGGCCGCGCUUCGCAUUCAACGCAUCUACCGCGGCAGCAAAGGCCGGGUGCUAGCCGCCAUUCGACGCAAGGAAGACUGGGCGGUCCGACUCGUCCAGCGCGCGUGGCGGGGCAAGGCAGGGCGGGAUGUGUACGCCCUUCGAAAGCUGCAGCGUGCGAGUGCAAUCGCGAUCCAAGCGAUCGCGCGCGGCUUCCUCGGCCGUCGCCGCGUGCGUCGCCUGCGCGCACGUCGGUAUGCCUCCGCGUGCAUCAUGCAGUCGCUGUUUCGCCGGCUGUAUGCGAUCAAGAUUGCGCAGCGCCGGCGUCUCGAGCGCACGUCGGCCAUGGCGAUUCAGCGCAUCUACCGUGGCCGGCUCGGGCGCAAGCGAUUCGCCGCAGAGAAGGACAAGUACCUCUACUCGAAAGCGCAGUCGCAGAACAUUGACUUUGGCAAGCAAAUGCUGCUCGAGUACAAGCUCUAUGGCACGCGUCUCCAGAGCGAAGUCCAACUGCUUCUGGAUGAGAAAGGCCGGACCGAAGCGGCGGUUGAUGCGCUGCUAAAGGAGAUCUCUGAGUUUGAAGAAGGUGUCCACGUCCUCGAGACGGAGAUGCAUGCCCUUAGCAAGAUUGAGACCGAAGCGACCGGUGUGCUCGACGAGCAAGCCAAGUGGCAGCUCCGUGAGCAAAAGAUGCGCCUCGACCGCGAGUUUGGUCACAUGCUCAAGAAGAUUGCGGACCGCCGCGAGAAGCUCGUCGUCCUCGGCGCGUCGCUCACGUCGCUCGACCAAGCGCGCCAUGCGAAGGAAGAGGACCUGCGUGGCCUCGAGCGCAAGCUGCUCCUGCUUCUUGAAGACCAGCAAAAACAGCUGCAAGGCAUCAAAGCCAAGCAGGCGAAGCGAUCACAAGUGCUUGUCGACAUUGCGGGUGGCGUGACCGAGCCAGGGCCCUUGGGCGCCGAUGGCGCCUGCCCGGUCGCCGGCCCCGCGUCAACUGUGAGCCCGGAGCAGCGCCAGGAAGCCAACGCACUCAUGGAAUCGACCGAGACCAUGAUGAAGUUUGGCUUCAUGUCCAUGUCCAUGACGUACUUUAGCAGCAUGAACAUGAUCAAAGCCAUGCGGCACAUUGGCGCGCACCACACGUUCCUCGAGAGCGCGGCGGCCAUCCAUUCCCAAGCGAAUCCCACGUCGAUGCUUGGCGCGCCGUCGCCGUUCCAAGCGAGCGCGCCGCCCGGUAGCUUCCCAGGGCAGCAGCCGCUGCUCGUGAGCGCGUGGAGCGUCCUCGACGUCGGUCGCUGGCUCGAUACGAUGGCGCUCGGCACGUACAAGCAAGCGUUCACCGAUGGCACGGUCGACGGCGCCCUGCUCUACGACCUCAACGACCACGACCUGCGCUACUCGCUCGGUAUCGAGCACGAUCUUCACCGAAAAAAGAUCCUCCAGGCCGUCGACCGACUCAAAGCGGCCGAGGGCAAGACCAAGGAGCGCUUGUACGCCGCCGAGUCACCGGCUCCGUCCGCAUUGCCCGACGCAGCACCAACCGUGGCGAGCGCUCCAGUCGCAUCAACGACGACGGCUGCACCCCCAGUGCUCGCACCGGCGGACGUGGACCCUGGGCUGCCCAAGCUCGCAGUGCAAUUCGACGAGCUCUGCUCCAUGGCGCGCAACGGCAAGCUGAAAGCGCUCAAAGAGGCAUUGGCGCGCUGGCCCGACGUGCCCUUUGACAAGCUCAGCGUCAAAACGCAGUGCGUCCUCGGCGCCGGGACGAUCUACGACGACAGCCUCGCGCGCCUCGCGUUCCAUGUGAACUUGAGCGACGAGCAUGGGAAUACGCUUCUCAUGCUCGCCGCCCAAAACAACGGGCUCAAGGUGGCGCAGUUCCUCGUCUCCAAGGGCGCGAACCCCAACCACCAGAACCACCAAGGCCAGACCGCCGGCCACUACGCUAUGGCGUACAACUUCUUUGACCUUGGCGCGUGGCUCCUCGACCCGGACAAGGGCGGCGGCCGCGACGACCUGCCAAAUAUGCACGGCCUCACCGCCUACGACGGCCUCGGGCAAUAGCCUCGAUAUUCCUAAGUUAUUGGACUUGCUUCUGGUUCUGGUUGUAUCUA